GACCAAUUUUACCACUGAUCCUACCGAAUAAUUAUCCCGAUUUGUACGCGCCCCAAUUUAUUUUAUCAAUACUUACAAUACAAGUGAUAUCACUUUAUCACUGUAUAUAAAUAUUAGAACAUUUUUUUAUUUAAUUAUGAGCUGCUAAAUUGUUUUGACGAUUCGAUACACUAAUUAUUGAAUUGGUAGAAUUUAAUUAAUUAAGUACAUACAUCAGUAUUGACAGGUUAGCUACAAUUCAGUAGAUCAAUCAUUAGAUAAUCUAUUCAAUUAAGUCAACAUAAUAAGAUGUCUCGUAUAAAUUGGUUUGAUGGAGAAUCUAAAGAUGCUUUACAGAUAAUGAUUCAAAAGAAUUGUGUAUUUGUUAUUUACAUAGGCAAAGAUAAUGAUGAAAUUUUUAAUAUUUUUGAAGAUUCUGAUAUUAUUGAACUAUUAAAUAAUGAAAUUAUUAUUUGUUUUAAGAUGGAUCCUAUAAGUUCUAGCUUCGAUAAAUUUAAAGUGAUAUUUCAUAAUAUAGAUAUUCCAUCAGUUUACGUGUUAGAAAAAAAUAAUACUGAACAGCGAAUACUAAAGAAAUCAGAUAUUAUUCAUUCAUCCAAUUAUCAAAUUAGUCUAAAAAGAGAUUUACUUUUGGCAAUCAAAAACUCCAUAAAUGAUAUAUUAGACAAUAUAUAUGAAGAAAUUAAAAAAAAGAAGUACUUAGAAUAUUUAGAAAAAAUUGAUAACAGGUUUAUGUUCAAAGAUAUAUCAAUUGAAAAAAACAAUACUCCUACAAUUGCAGAUACAAAAAAUAAUGUUUUCAGAUUUGUUAACAAUACAAAGAUAAAGUUUAUAAUCCCAUCUAAGAAUAUUUCAUUGAUUCAUGAAUUUAAAACAACUACUUUGCUUAAAGAAAUCAAAUCAUAUGCCAUUAACAAUAUUUCUCUUCCAUCUGGGCCUAUUAAAUUUAUUGCGCAUAGACAUUUUACAGAAGAAGAUUUUCAUCUAACAUUGAGUGAAUUAUGUUUAUGUCCAUCAUCAACAAUCUAUUUGCAACCGGUUCCAUCUAUCAGUCAAAAAGGCAUUAUGACUUUAAACAAUUAUUUUACUUUACUAGUGAAUUUUUUUCAAUUAUUGAUUAUUAAACCAUACCAUAUUGUUCAAAAUUAUGUGACAAGUUACUUUAGAAAUUCACAGUCAAUUGAAUCUAAAAAUAAAUCAACUAAUCCUAACAUAAACAGUAUUAAUGAAAGUAAAUUUGUGUACAAACGCUCUUCAAAUGUGCAUAGUUUAAAAGACCAGAAAAAAAAACGUCGCCACUCUAAUGAUAAUGAUGAUAAUAAUACAUACAAUGGUAACUCUACACAGCAAUUAUAGCUAUAAAAUGUCUUUGUUAUAUAACAUCAUAUUUAUAUAUAUGUUACAUUUUUUUAUUAUUAGAAUGUAUUUUUUUUUUUUUUUUUGACAAAAAUUGUUUAUGUAAUUUAUUAUACUUAUUUAGUAAUAAAAAAAAGAGUAGAUUUUAAUAAGGUUGAGUAUGCUCUUACAAAAAUAAUAACCUCUUUCAAUUGGUAGAUUGUUUAUAAUACAGAAUAUUUCUCUAUUAUUCUUUCUCAAAAACCACUUACAACAGGUUUCCUAAUUUUUUUUAUUAUUAUUAAUAUUUUAUUAAUCAUGUUGGAUGUUUUUAAUUUUAACAUAUUUUGUUUGUACUACCCAGAUUCUCUUUAUCUUAUUUACCCUUUAAUUAUAAAUGAAACCCUUACAAAGACUUCCGUAUAAGUUACAAAAAACAUUUUCAGGAAACAGUAAAAAAACAAAAUCAAUUCCUUAAUAUAAUACAUAAAUUUUUGGUAAAUAAGAUUUAUCAUUUGAUAAAAAAGAAAAUUGGCACAGUGGAACUUUAAUAAGAUCUUUAAUUGCUAUCUAUUUAUUAUUUAUUACGAGUUUUCCGAUCAAUUACUUUAUUUUUUUAGAUUAUUGUCUUUGAUAUCUAAAUUUUUCGUUUUACUAUGAUGUACUUCGUUUUGUUUGUCACCCAUUC